AUGUCGGAAAAGGAGACUACUGAUCGAGGUUUGCGGAGGUUGAAUCUCGGCAUUGCUUUGAUGUUAGCUGCUUCAGCUACGUCUGGGUAUAAUGCUAGUCAGAUUAACAGUUUGUUGGUGCUGCCAGAGUUUAAGGAUUACUUGAGUGAUCUCAGCUCCAGUGCUGAAGGCUUAAUCAUUGCUGCUGUUUCGCUUGGUGCCUUCUUAGCUUUUAUCCCUGCCUCCUAUGUUGCCGACCAACUAGGCCGUCGAAUCUGCGUUUGUAUCGGUUCCACCCUCGUCAUCCUCGCGGCUAUCAUCCAGGUGGCAGUCACGCAUCCAUGGGUAUUCUUCGGUGCUCGGAUAGUCACUGGAGCGGGUGUGGGCUUUUCGCAAACAGCUGCACCAUUGCUCAUCGCCGAGGUAGCCCAUCCUCGUCAACGUCGAAUUCUCACUGGACUUUAUAAUGCGGUGUGGUUCUGUGGCUCGAUUACAGCUGCCGCUAUAGCCUUUGCGACCUUAUCUAUUCCAAAUAGUUGGUCAUGGCGAGCUCCAUGUGUCUUGCAAAUACUUUAUCCGAUCUUUCAGUUGAUCGGGUUGUUCGUUAUUCCGGAGAGUCCCAGAUGGCUUGUUUCAAAGGACAGAGUCGGAGAAGCCCGGGCUAUGUUGACACGGUAUCAUGGAAAUGGCGAUAUCAGCAGUCCGCUUGUCGAAGAGGAAUUCGAUCAGAUCUGCAAUAGUAUUCGUGCAGAGGCCGAUCUUAAGGAGAGCUCGGGGUGGAGUGCAUUCCUGAGAACCCGAGGUAAUGUGCAUCGGCUAUCGAUCUGUAUUCUGCUGGGUUUUAUGCAAGAGUGGACCGGCAAUGGUGUCACUUCCUACUAUCUCCCUCCUAUCCUAGGUUCAGUCGGUAUCAAAGAUGCCUCGCAUCAAGCAGCUGUCAAUAUCAGUCUCCAGUUUUGGAAUCUCAUAUUUGCUGUUGGUGGCGCCAGCACCUCGGAUAGAUAUGGACGACGUACUCUCUGGCUUAGUGCAACGACAUUAAUGACGAUCUUCUUAUCAACAUCAACAGUCAUGGCAGGCCUCUUUGCUCAACUGCAUAUUUUUGAAGCAGGCAUUGCCGUUGUGCCCAUGCUUUUCCUCUUCUGUGCAGCUUAUGACUUUGCAUAUAUGCCACUGUUUAUCGCAUACCCUGCUGAGAUCCUCCCUUAUCAACUUCGUGCCAAGGGUCUCGCCAUCACAUUGACAACGGAUUCGCUGGCUUGUUUCUUUAAUCAGUAUGUUAAUCCCGUGGCGUUCCGGGCACUUGCGUGGAGGUACUUUUGUAUCUAUAUUGGGUGUCUUGUGUUUUUCUUGGGCGUGAUAUACUUUGUGUUCCCAGAGACACAGGGAAGAUCUUUGGAAGAAGUGGCGCAGAUUUUUGAAGACUCGGAUGAUAAGGAUGUGAAAGCUAUCAGUCCUGUCGAGUCCGAGGACUUUCACACUGCUUCCUUUGCAGCGAAGUCUGAAAGUUGA